AUGACGAGGCGAAAGCUCAUGCAAGCGUCGAGGACCAGGAGCCCACGAGCGCCGGAGCCUCGGGGCUCGAGACAAGUCGCUUCGGAGGCGGAUGGCUUUGACCUCGCCACGGAGAUGCCGCAGGAGCUCUUUGCCGUGGGCAGCGUGUGCUCCGUGCGAAAGUCAGCCAUCAAGAUGCGAAAAGAGGAAGACUUGGCGAGCGCUGUCAUCAAAGACAUUCCAGGACCCAAUCAAGGUCUCAACGCAGCACGGCUCCUGGUGCUUAAGCGGGGCGCGGAAGGGCGGCUUCAGGUGCAAGACAGCCAUGGGGACGUCGGCUGGGUGAGUAGCACCUCCACGGAGGGCCGCAGGCUCCUUCAGCCCAGCUCCGCCUGGCUCCUCGGCGACGAUCUCGAGAGCUCGAGGGCAGCGGUGCAGGAGCUCUGGCGGAGCCAGGUGCGAGCGCAGGAGGAAGGCGGGGAUUUCGUGUCGGAGAUGCUGGCAGCGCACCACUGUGCCCUGGAGAACGAUGCCCGGCGCUGGCGCCUUGUGCAGGAGGUUGAGGACGUCAAGCAAGAGCUAGAAGACGAGGAGGAGACUUGCAAGGCCUCUGUGAAGAAGCUGAGAGCAGAACUGAAGUUGCAAGAGGCGAAGGAGCCAGCGCACGAAGUGGCGGCUCUCCAGGCAGAGGCCCACCAAGAGAAGAUCGCUGCGGAGGACGCGAGGCAGGCGCUGCUCGUGGCGCAGCAGAAGAGCGCGGAGCAGACCAGCCGCCUCGACGAAUUGCAGGAGGAGGUGAAGCAAGCGCAGGAGCGCCGACUCCGCAGCGACCAGUCGGCGCAGUACAAGCUGCAAGUCUUGGAGGACGAGCAGGAGCAGCGGAGCUUCAAGUCGUCUGAAGACCUCCGGCGGGCCAAGGAGCACGCCAGGGCCGAAGCGGCAGCACUGGACCAGUGCGAAAUGAAGUUGGAGUCGCUGGAGAAGAAGGAGAGGACCAGGGCUCUCUUCGAGAACGUGCAGGUGGAGUUCGAUCGCAAGGAGAAGCAGAGCAAGGAGGAGCUGCGGGAGGCGACGCAGCUGCGCAACGAGGCCGCCAUGGCGGCCGACGAGGCCCUGGCUCUGCGGGUGAAGCUGAUGCGGGAGGACCAGGACCUCCAGUCUCAGAAAACCAGCCUGAACCACUUGGAGCAGCAGGCCGCGCAGAAGUUGGAGGCCGCCACGGGGGAGUUGGACCGUGCCAGGAGCCUCACGCAGGAGCUGAGCAAAGACAAGGCAGAGGCCUUCCAGGAGCUCGCGGAGGCGCGGAGGACGUCUGCGCGGGCGGAGGCGGAGCGGGAGCUGGCGCAUCAGCAGUCCCUGGAGGCGGAGAUGGCUGCGUACGAGGCGAUGAAGGCCUGCGAUGCUGCGGAUGAGGAUCGCAAGAAGGUGGAGGCUGCGCUGCUGCAGGUCACCGAGGACUUGGAGCGGGCGGCCAGGAGCCAGCGACAGGGCCAGGACCUCUUCGCCAAGGGCGAGGCCUCCACGCAGAAAUUCCAGACACUGGAGGCGCAGGCGUCCCACUACAGCGCGGAGAGCCGCCGGCUUGCGCAGGCGUUGGCCACUGAGCAAGCGCAGUGCAAGGAGUGCCGCAGCGAGAAGGACCGCGCCCAGCAGGAGCUCAGAGAUCUCAGCCGCCUCACCCGCUUCGCGCUGGUGGCGCGGUUUCUCCGCGUCUGGGUCACCACGAGUAUGCAAAGGCAGGUCUUCCGGACGUGGGUGGAGGCUGAGCAUGGUCUCCAAAAGAUGUACGCGGCCGCAGCGCAGCGAAUCGGUAGCUGGGCCAGCGAGCUCCAGAAGCGCUCCGUGCCCUGCCUGCCGGAGCAGCAGGAGGUGGAGCGCUGCUAUAGCUCCCCGCCGAGCGGCGACCUGCUGCGCUGCGGCGCAGUGGUCGAGGCAUAUGUGAGAUGCGCGAAAGCUUAG